CGGGGAGCCAGCGGGGCUGACAGCGUUCCCCCAGGUGAGGCGGUGGGGCAGGGCGGGCGGAGGAAAAGGAGGAGGAGGACUACAUUUCCCGCCGGCCUCGAAAGGGCCGGGGCGGGUACAAAGCGGGCGCUACCUGUCCCGGCAGGCCCGCCUGGGAGCCGCGAUGCCUUUCCCCAGCUCCGGGGCGGACGAUGCCUUCGACUACCUCUUCAAGAUCAUCUUGAUCGGGGACUCCAACGUGGGGAAGACCUGCGUGGUGCACCGCUUCAAGACGGGGCAGUACCACGAGAAGCAGCAGAACACCAUCGGCGUCGACUUCACCGUCCGCUCGAUGGAUAUUGACGGCAAGAAAGUCAAGAUUCAAGUGUGGGACACAGCUGGUCAAGAACGCUUCCGGACAAUAACCCAGUCUUAUUACAGGAGUGCCCAUGGGGCCAUCCUUGCCUAUGACCUUACUAGGAGGUCCACAUUUGAAUCCAUUCCUCACUGGAUUCAUGAAAUUGAAAAGUAUGGUGCUGCAAACUUGGUCAUGAUGUUAAUUGGGAACAAAUCAGAUUCACUGGAUAAGCGCCAAGUCCUGUUUGAAGAUGCCUGCACACUAGCAGAGAAGCACGGUCUCUUAGCUGUUCUAGAAACAUCAGCAAAAGAAGCUCAAAACAUAGAAGAGGUCUUCACAUUAAUGGCUAAGGAGCUGAUAGCCCGAAAUACCUUACAGCUUCACGGAGAGAACCCUCCAAACAGCAUCUAUCUUGAUUCCAGGCCAGUGAUUGCCAGUCCAAGUGUGGAGAAGACGCAGUGUCUCUGCUGAAGAGAGCCUGCAGGAAGAACUUGGAAAUUAUCAUUCUCCUGGGGCUGUGUGACUUAGUUUUAUCCAAUUGAUGACAGUGUGCUAUGUGGCCUGAAGCCACGGCUCUGAUAUCUUGACCUUUGAGUUUGGAUUGUAAGUAUCUUUAGAGGGGGCUGCUGAUACUGGCAGCACAGGUUACUUUGAACAUGGCAGCUGAUACUUCAACAGGAACUUCUGAGCUGAGGGGAUUCAGGAAGCUGCCAGGCCGUGCCUUAACCAAAGAGAACUCUUAAAAAAACCUAU